GCGGUUUGGGUGUUCGUUGGGACAGCUGUUUCGGAGUGCUGGGCGACUGCGGCUCUUUCCUGGGCAGCAGAAGCGGCGCGGCGAACGAAGAAGCGGCUUGAGACUUCGGCGUUGGGUGAAAGAAAAUGGCCCGAACCAAGCAGACUGCUCGUAAAUCCACGGGUGGGAAAGCGCCCCGCAAACAGCUGGCCACUAAAGCUGCCAGGAAAAGCGCUCCCUCUACCGGCGGGGUAAAAAAACCUCAUCGCUACAGGCCCGGGACCGUUGCGCUUCGAGAAAUCCGUCGUUACCAGAAAUCGACCGAGCUUCUGAUCCGGAAGCUGCCUUUCCAGAGGUUGGUGAGGGAGAUCGCCCAAGAUUUCAAAACCGACCUGAGGUUUCAGAGUGCCGCCAUCGGUGCGCUGCAGGAGGCCAGCGAGGCGUACCUGGUGGGUUUAUUUGAAGAUACUAAUCUGUGUGCCAUCCACGCUAAGAGAGUCACCAUCAUGCCCAAAGACAUCCAGUUGGCUCGCCGGAUACGGGGAGAGAGAGCUUAAGUGAAGGCAGUUUUUAUGGUGUUUUGUAGUAAAUUCUGUAAAAUACUUUGGUUUAAUUUGUGACUUUUUUUGUAAGAAAUUGUUUAUAAUAUGUUGCAUUUGUACUUAAGUCAUUCCAUCUUUCACUCAGGAUGAAUGCGAAAAGUGACUGUUCACAGACCUCAGUGAUGUGAGCACUGUUGCUCAGGAGUGACAAGUUGCUAAUAUGCAGAAGGGAUGGGUGAUACUUCUUGCUUCUCAUGAUGCAUGUUUCUGUAUGUUAAUGACUUGUUGGGUAGCUAUUAAGGUACUAGAAUUGAUUAAUGUGUACAGGGUCCUUUUGCAAUAAAACUGGUUAUGACUUGAUCCAAGUGUUUAACAAUUGGGGCUGUUAAGUCUGACCAUGCAUCACUGUGAUAGAAUGUGGGCUUUUCCAAGGGUGAAGAUACAAGUCUUAACCACAGUGUAACUUACAGUUUCCUUAAAAAAAAAAAAAAAAAGUAAA